AUGGCGAAUCCAAUGAAUAAAUGGAAGCUCGACUUUGGAAACAGUCGUGCGAUCUCCCGGCUUCAUGACACAACCAUGAACCCACCUGGAUUCAACCAGUCGAUAUGUCAGAGCUCUCAACAUAGUGAACAUGCUGGAGCCAAUCCUCAGAAUCAACAACAUCUUAUGACAAAAAGAGCAUGGGAUUUGGCGCUACAGCCAAUCAAAAGUGUGCCUAUGAAUAUGAUGUACGUUAUCUUUAUUUUAUAUGUUUUGUAUGGCUUUUGGGGUCAUAAUGUUAAUGCUAAGGUACUCUGUAACUUUUUUGUAUUUUAUUAAGUUUAUUUUAGUAUGAUGUAUAUGGCGGGUAACACGAUUAGUAUCUUUCCUAUUAUGAUGGUGGUAAUGAUGGCGUGGAGGCCGAUGAGAGCUAUUAUGACAAUUGGACAGGCUUUCAAGUCUAUCGAGGUAUGAAUUAUGGAAUAAGAUAAUAGUUCGGAGGUUUUUAUAAUCUAGAACAUGGCUUUUUGAUAUAGUAGUUUAGUCUUAUAUAAAAUUGAUUUAUAUUUUUUUAAUUUGUCUUUGUUUUUUUCAAUUUUAUUGUUUACAAUUCAAACUUUUUUGCAUUUUAAAUUUGAAAGAGACCAAACCCUUGUUGACUUUAGCAAUGUUUCGGUAUGUUUGUGUGUCCAAGCUACCUAUUGAAAUGUUUUUAAAUGUUUGUCAACUUUUCGACGUCAGUUUUCAACACUUACUCACUUUACUUUCAGUCGGAGUACUCGGGAUCUCUCAUCCUGCACAAACUCAUCUUCUCGUUGGGGAAUAUGGCGGCGAUAGCUUUGGCUGUCUAUAAAUGUCAUUCCAUGGGUUUACUUCCGAAUCAUGCCUCGGACUGGCUGGACUUUGUUCCGCCUGCCGAACGGAUGCAAUACGUUCUGUUUGGGGACACUUUUGUUUGA